AUGGUUAAUUAUCAGUAGGCCAGGCAUGAUACAUUAAACAUUAAACCACCAAGCUCCACCAAUAUUCUCUUUAUAUGCAGCCAGGACAAUAAAAGCAAAGCACAUGGUUACUUAGCAGUGUUUGAAUUGGAUAUAAUUCAAAUCCAGACUCAUCACAUUGCUCAGAAGCACUGAUGCCCCGAUCUACAAACAAAGACAAAUGGAAAGUGCAAACCAUCCCAAAUGCACUUUAUACCGUACACCAUGCUGACCAAAACAAGGGCACUAGAGGACAUUGGUUUGAUAUCAAAUGUUUUGGGUCAGGGCCCAUCCUUUUUAACUUGUCAAAGAACCUGCAUGAGGUCUGGUCUCCACAACAGGACAACAGGUCUGGUCUCCACAACAGGACAACUGGUCUGGUCUCCACAACAGGACAACAGGUCUGGUCUCCACAACAGGAUAACAGGUCUGGUCUCCACAACAGGACAAGAGGUCUGGUCUCCACAACAGGACAACAGGUCUGGUCUCCACAACAGGACAAGAGGUCUGGUCUCCACAACAGGACAACAGGUCUGGUCUCCACAACAGGACAACAGGUCUGGUCUCCACAACAGGACAACAGGUCUGGUCUCCACAACAGGACAACAGGUCUGGUCUCCACAACAGGACAAGAGGUCUGGUCUCCACAACAGGACAACAGGUCUGGUCUCCACAACAGGACAACAGGUCUGGUCUCCACAACAGGACAACAGGUCUGGUCUCCACAACAGGACAACAGGUCUGGUCUCCACAACAGGACAACAGGUCUGGUCUCCACAACAGGACAACAGGUCUGGUCUCCACAACAAGACAACAGGUCUGGUCUCCACAACAGGACAACAGGACUGUUCUCCACAACAGGACAACAGGUCUGGUCUCCACAACAGGACAAGAGGUCUGGUCUCCACAACAGGACAACAGGUCUGGUCUCCACAACAGGACAACAGGUCUGGUCUCCACAACAGGACAACAGGUCUGGUCUCCACAACAGGACAACAGGUCUGGUCUCCACAACAGGACAACAGGACUGGUCUCCACAACAGGACAACAGGUCUGGUCUCCACAACAGGACAAGAGGUCUGGUCUCCAUAACAGGACAACAGGUCUGGUCUCCACAACAGGACAACAGGUCUGGUCUCCACAACAGGACAACAGGUCUGGUCUCCACAACAGGACAACAGGUCUGGUCUCCACAACAGGACAACAGGUCUGGUCUCCACAACAGGACAACAGGUCUGGUCUCCACAACAGGACAACAGGUCUGGUCUCCACAACAGGACUAUUCAUGUGUAUGUUUUUGCCACUGCUGAUUGUGCUUAUGAUGAUGUCUAUAACCCCUCUUAAAGGGAUAGUUCACCAACACAUUUCAAAAUGACAAAUUUGUUGUGGUACCCUGAAAUCAGGUUAUGAACAAAGAGAAGGAGAGACUGCAGUCCAUGCUUUGGGUUUGUUCACCCAACCACUGUCACUACCUGCUUAAAAAAAAGUCUAGCCCCAAACCAAUGUGAGACAAUGUAACAUACUAGAUAUCAGUGUUGUAGUACUCGAGAGGUCUUAAGACCACAUAUUGAGUGUCUCAGUCUUGUCUCGGUGUCGGGGAUACAUGUGUACUCGGUCUUGACUCACCGAGACCAGCCGGGACCAGCGAGGUAAAAAACUCCUAAUUAUCAGCUCCCAUUCAGUUAGAACAUAAAACUCCUAAUUAUCAGCUCCCAUUCAGUCAGAACAUAAAACUCUUAAUUAUCAGCUCCCAUUCAGUCAGAACAUAAAACUCCUAAUUAUCAGCUCCCAUUCAGUCAGAACAUAAAACUCCUAAUUAUCAGCUCCCAUUCAGUCAGAACAUAAAACUCCUAAUUAUCAGCUCCCAUUCAGUCAGAACAUAAAACUCCUAAUUACCAGCUUCCAUUCAGUCAGAACAUAAAACUCUUAAUUAUCAGCUCCCAUUCAGUCAGCACAUAAAACUCUUAAUUAUCAGCUCCCAUUCAGUCAGAACAUAAAACUCCUAAUUAUCAGCUCCCAUUCAGUCAGAACAUAAAACUCCUAAUUAUCAGCUCCCAUUCAGUCAGAACAUAAAACUCUUAAUUAUCAGCUCCCAUUCAGUCAGCACAUAAAACUCUUAAUUAUCAGCUCCCAUUCAGUCAGAACAUAAAACUCCUAAUUAUCAGCUCCCAUUCAGUCAGAACAUAAAACUCCUAAUUAUCAGCUCCCAUUCAGUCAGAACAUAAAACUCUUAAUUAUCAGCUCCCAUUCAGUCAGAACAUAAAACUCCUAAUUAUCAGCUUCCAUUCAGUCAGAACAUAAAACUCCUAAUUAUCAGCUCCCAUUCAGUCAGAACAUAAAACUCCUAAUUAUCAGCUCCCAUUCAGUCAGAACAUAAAACUCUUAAUUAUCAGCUUCCAUUCAGUCAGAACAUAAAACUCCUAAUUAUCAGCUUCCAUUCAGUCAGCACAUUAAACCGCUAUAGGCCUUCAGUAUGUGACAGGUUUGUGAUUCUGAAAGGACAGCAACCGUAAUACCAUCACACUCAUGUAGGAGAGUGACAUUUUUGUAAAACACAAAGGGCCAGUGGUGGUAGUGGAGGAUACACACAGGUAUAAACGUAUACCCACUUUUCUUUUAUUGGGCAUUGCUUAUACUCACUUCUUAAUCCCUACUGAUGCAUAUCAAAGUAGUGUAGUGGAGGUAUAUGAUAGAGAAAUCAUUUGCAAAGAAUAUAUUCACAUGCGCUCUACACACAGCCUAGUUUCAGCAGAUUAUCAUACCUCCACUACACUACUAAUAGUACAAUAGAGAAAUCAUGUGCAAAGCAUGUGAAAUAUAUUUCACAUGCUAGUUUCAGCAGAUUAUCAUCUACAGGCAACAAGAGGUUUAAAAAAUAGGUUAUAUAUGUUCCAUGAUGUACACUAAGACAUUGUUGGCAGAAUAGAUGGAUGCAGUUCAUUGCAUGAUUAAUAUAAUUCACCAAUACAUUUCUUGAUAGUCCAAAACAUAUUACUAUCAGGUUGUAAAUCCCAGCUGGUCUGGUACAUUGUUUGCUGCCUCCAUUCAGGAUGCACUGUUUCAGUUUCAAUGACUCAAUAUUUUUGACAAAAACGAACGAAUGUAACUAAGGCUGGGAAUGUCAAUAAGAUCAAACUAGCAGGGCAAAGAUCACAAGUCAGUCAUAACGUGGCUAAUAGGCUAGUGUAUCUAUUUAUGUAUUCAGCUAAACACACAGAGCAUAACGUUAGAUAGCUAGCUAGCUGCUAGGAGGAUGUCAUGUCAUUGGAGGAGUGGGUGAGUGUGUCUAUUUCCCCUCAUAUCGUUUUCAGUGGCUACACACAGCUAGAGAUGCAGGAGACAUUUGGUUAGCUAGCAAGAACAUGAACGACUGUUAUACAGUUAGCAUAUAUCUUACAUUCGCAAAUUCACUCUGGCUAUCUACUCGAUUUCAGAGCACUCUAGAUAACAUGUAAACACCCUAAUCAGCUCUGCUACGGCAAGUAAAAUGGUAAUUUGUGUUUGGAAGUAGCUAUCCAACUUUAGCUAGUUUACUUGGGUGCUUGGUUGGGACAAGCUUGCAACAUGGCAGGCAAGCUGCAGAAAUACGAGGAGGCUACAAUUCCUCAUCGUUUAUCAGUGGAAUUUUGACGGCCAACUAGCUGAAAAAGUUUGAGAGGGUUUAUCUAAUGUUCCUUUGUUAGAUUUUAGCUCAUCUUGCUCUGGCUAGCAUUAGUUGUUGAUCUUGUUGUUUUCGAGGUGCAUAACUGAGGGAGAGAGAGCCUACAUUUUCAUAGUUGUUUGAUCAAUAGAACUGUAAAGUUCUUAAAUGUAAGAGGACUCCCGUGGUGUUUACAUAUUUGCAUAAAUCCAUUCAGGUGUAUUUUGUGGCUUUUGCUGAAUUCGUUCUAAUGAUCUAAUGCGCUGUGCAACUGAUGACAGGUCCUACUGCCUGUAAACACACAGUCCAGUUCAAAGUGAAUGAUGGCAGGUCCUACUGCCUGUAAACACACAGUCCAGUUCAUAGUGAAUGAUGACAGGUCCUACUGCCUGUAAACACACAGUCCAGUUCAUAGUGAAUGAUGACAGGUCCUACUGCCUGUAAACACACAGUCCAGUUCAUAGUGAAUGAUGACAGGUCCUACUGCCUGUAAACACAGUCCAGUUCAUAGUGAAUGAUGACAGGUCCUACUGCCUGUAAACACACAGUCCAGUUCAUAGUGAAUGAUGACAGGUCCUACUGCCUGUAAACACACAGUCCAGUUCAUAGUGAAUGAUGACAGGUCCUACUGCCUGUAAACACACAGUCCAGUUCAUAGUGAAUGAUGGCAGGUCCUACUGCCUGUAAACACACAGUCCAGUUCAUAGUGAAUGAUGACAGGUCCUACUGCCUGUAAACACACAGUCCAGUUCAUAGUGAAUGAUGACAGGUCCUACUGCCUGUAAACACACAGUCCAGUUCAUAGUGAAUGAUGACAGGUCCUACUGCCUGUAAACACACAGUCCAGUUCAAAGUGAAUGAUGACAGGUCCUACUGCCUGUAAACACACAGUCCAGUUCAUAGUGAAUGAUGACAGGUCCUACUGCCUGUAAACACACAGUCCAGUUCAUAGUGAAUGAUGACAGGUCCUACUACCUGUAAACACACAGUCCAGUUCAUAGUGAAUGAUGACAGGUCCUACUGCCUGUAAACACACAGUCCAGUUCAUAGUGAAUGAUGACAGGUCCUACUACCUGUAAACACACAGUCCAGUUCAAAGUGAAUGAUGACAGGUCCUACUGCCUGUAAACACACAGUCCAGUUCAAAGUGAAUGAUGACAGGUCCUACUGCCUGUAAACACACAGUCCAGUUCAUAGUGAAUGAUGACAGGUCCUACUGCCUGUAAACACAUAGUCCAGUUCAUAGUGAAUGAUGACAGGUCCUACUGCCUGUAAACACACAGUCCAGUUCAUAGUGAAUGAUGACAGGUCCUACUGCCUGUAAACACACAGUCCAGUUCAUAGUGAAUGAUGACAGGUCCUACUGCCUGUAAACACACAGUCCAGUUCAUAGUGAAUGAUGACAGGUCCUACUACCUGUAAACACACAGUCCAGUUCAUAGUGAAUGAUGACAGGUCCUACUGCCUGUAAACACACAGUCCAGUUCAUAGUGAAUGAUGACAGGUCCUACUGCCUGUAAACACACAGUCCAGUUCAUAGUGAAUGAUGACAGGUCCUACUGCCUGUAAACACACAGUCCAGUUCAUAGUGAAUGAUGACAGGUCCUACUGCCUGUAAACACACAGUCCAGUUCAUAGUGAAUGAUGACAGGUCCUACUGCCUGUAAACACACAGUCCAGUUCAUAGUGAAUGAUGACAGGUCCUACUGCCUGUAAACACACAGUCAAGUUCAUAGUGAAUGAUGACAGGUCCUACUACCUGUAAACACAUAGUCCAGUUCAAAGUGAAUGAUGACAGGUCCUACUGCCUGUAAACACAUAGUCCAGUUCAAAGUGAAUGAUGACAGGUCCUACUGCCUGUAAACACACAGUCCAGUUCAUAGUGAAUGAUGACAGGUCCUACUGCCUGUAAACACACAGUCCAGUUCAUAGUGAAUGAUGACAGGUCCUACUGCCUGUAAACACACAGUCCAGUUCAAAGUGAAUGAUGACAGGUCCUACUGCCUGUAAACACACAGUCCAGUUCAUAGUGAAUGAUGGCAGGUCCUACUGCCUGUAAACACACAGUCCAGUUCAUAGUGAAUGAUGACAGUCCUACUGCCUGUAAACACACAGUCCAGUUCAUAGUGAAUGAUGGCAGGUCCUACUGCCUGUAAACACACAGUCCAGUUCAUAGUGAACGAUGACAGGUCCUACUGCCUGUAAACACACAGUCCAGUUCAUAGUGAAUGAUGACAGGUCCUACUGCCUGUAAACACACAGUCCAGUUCAUAGUGAAUGAUGACAGGUCCUACUGCCUGUAAACACACAGUCCAGUUCAUAGUGAACGAUGACAGGUCCUACUGCCUGUAAACACACAGUCCAGUUCAAAGUGAAUGAUGGCAGGUCCUACUGCCUGUAAACACACAGUCCAGUUUAAAGUGAAUGAUGACAGGUCCUACUGCCUGUAAACACACAGUCCAGUUCAUAGUGAAUGAUGACAGGUCCUACUGCCUGUAAACACACAGUCCAGUUCAUAGUGAAUGAUGACAGGUCCUACUGCCUGUAAACACACAGUCCAGUUCAUAGUGAAUGAUGACAGGUCCUACUGCCUGUAAACACACAGUCCAGUUCAAAGUGAAUGAUGACAGGUCCUACUGCCUGUAAACACACAGUCCAGUUCAUAGUGAAUGAUGACAGGUCCUACUGCCUGUAAACACACAGUCCAGUUCAUAGUGAAUGAUGGCAGGUCCUACUGCCUGUAAACACACAGUCCAGUUCAAAGUGAAUGAUGACAGGUCCUACUGCCUGUAAACACACAGUCCAGUUCAAAGUGAAUGAUGACAGGUCCUACUGCCUGUAAACACACAGUCCAGUUCAAAGUGAAUGAUGACAGGUCCUACUGCCUGUAAACACACAGUCCAGUUCAAAGUGAAUGAUGGCAGGUCCUACUGCCUGUAAACACACAGUCCAGUUCAAAGUGAAUGAUGACAGGUCCUACUGCCUGUAAACACACAGUCCAGUUCAUAGUGAAUGAUGACAGGUCCUACUGCCUGUAAACACACAGUCCAGUUCAAAGUGAAUGAUGACAGGUCCUACUGCCUGUAAACACACAGUCCAGUUCAAAGUGAAUGAUGACAGGUCCUACUGCCUGUAAACACACAGUCCAGUUCAUAGUGAAUGAUGACAGGUCCUACUGCCUGUAAACACACAGUCCAGUUCAAAGUGAAUGAUGGCAGGUCCUACUGCCUGUAAACACACAGUCCAGUUCAAAGUGAAUGAUGGCAGGUCCUACUGCCUGUAAACACACAGUCCAGUUCAAAGUGAAUGAUGACAGGUCCUACUGCCUGUAAACACACAGUCCAGUUCAUAGUGAAUGAUGACAGGCCCUACUGCCAGUAAACACACAGUCCAGUUCAAAGUGAAUGAUGGUUGGCCCUACUGCCUGUUAACACAAAUUGUCAAAUGAUUUGAAUACAUGUCAUUAAAUGGCACUUAUUACAUUUGUUACAAGUUGUUUCAAGUUGUUUGUAUGCAGGGAGGGGGGAUGUAACCAUAGAUAUAUUAUUGAGUGUAAUGAGUGUGGAAUGACUAACCUGUUUACAGCUUUACUCUGACUUCAAGGCUGGGGUCUUUAUCUUUGUAAAGAGAGGAUAGCUACAUCUCUGGAGUGAUGAAUCACAUUUCACCAUCUGGCAGUCCGAUGGACGAAUCUGAGUUCGCCAGGAGAACGCUACCUGCCCGAAUGCAUAGUGCCAACUGUAAAGUUUGGUGGAGGAGGAUUAAUGGUCUGGGGCUGUUUUUCAUGGUUCAGGCUAGACCCCUUAGUUCCAGUGAAGGGAAAUCUUAACGCUACAGCAUACAAUGACAUUCUAGAUGAUUCUGUGCUUCCAACUUUGUGUUAACAGUUUGGGGAAGGCCCUUUCCUGUUUCAGCAUGACAAUGCCCCCUGCAUAAACUGAGGUCCAUACAGAAAUGGUUUGUCGAGAUUGGUGUGGAAGAACUUGACUGACCUACAGAGCCCUGACCUUAACCCCAUUAAAUACCUUUGGGAUGAAUUGGAACGCCGACUGCGAGCCAGGCCUAAUCGGCCAACAUCAGUGUCCGACCUCACUAAUGUUCUUGUGGCUGAAUGGAAGCAAGUCCCCGCAGCAAUGUUCCAACAUCUAGUCGAAAGCCUUCCCAGAAGAGUGGAGGCUGUUAUAGCAGCAAAGGAGGGGAACCAAUUCCAUAUUAAUGCCCAAGAUUUUGAAAUGAAAUGUUCGAUGGGCAGAUACUUUUGGUCAUGUAGUGUAUGUUUGGACAGUAUCCUAAUAAAAUAUAAUGAUGUCAGAAGAUUAAAAUGCCAUUAUCUUUAAGUUUGCCAAUGAUAAUAAUGUUACAUUCUGUGAAUGUUUGCGGGACGUUAUCAUCCUAAAGUUAGCUCAAACCCUAACUAGAACUUGAGACUGUGGACUGUUAGCUAAUGUUCUGGGAAUGUUCUCGGUUUGCUUGGCAGUUUGUUCAUUGACAUUUAGAAUACUCAGAAGGUCGCUUACGAAAUGAAUUUGUCAGAAAAGUUUAGCAUUGGUCCUACCACCAAGCUUAUGAAACCUUGAUGUUAUCUUUUGCACAUGUUUGUAUCUCACCUCAACAGAUCACAAAACCACUUUCAGACACAUGCAAAUAGUUCAUUUUUUAUUGGAUCAUGUCACACAGACUCAGUAAGACCAGAGAACAACUUGAUCCUACACUCAAAGGUCAAAGGUGACAGAGCCCUAGAACUCGGUGA